AUGUGCCCCGGCCUGUCACCCAACACUCCCGCUGCGGCGGCCGUCUCCCCCACUCCGCCGGCGCCGCCCGCCGCUCCGACUUUGGCCUGGCUGCCGGCCCUGGAGCGUCUGGAGGUGCGCCUUCAGAUCAGCGCGGUCACCGUCACCGUUCCGGCCGGUCCAGAGAGCGGCGGCGGGGCGGCCGGGGACGCGGAGCGGACGGCGGACCCGCUCCCCGCCGCGGCCGGCCACCACCCGGCGCCGGUACCGGGCCGGGUCCGCAGCAGUAGCGACUCGGGCCACCGGUACUGCCUGCACGGACAGCUGGUCUCUGUGCUGCCGUCAGUCCGACUGGACAGCGCUGCGCUCAAAUCGGCCGCCCUGCCGACAGUGCCGGAGGUGUCCGUCCGACUCACCAGACCUUCAGCGGCCGCAGCCGGCUCCCAGCUGCGCUCGCCGAGCCAGACGCAGCAGGUGAUGUCGCCGUCGGUCGUGGUGCGCGACUGUGCGCCCAUCCCGCGUCCAACGCCUCCCCCCCCCCACAACGCGCGCUGUAGCGCCUGCCGAGCGCCGGCUGCUGCCGGGCCCGCCGUCGUACUUUUAUGGCCUUGCGCCGUCAGUCGCCAGCUGGUGGUGGCGACCCGUGAUCGCUCGCGUACGUUCGCCGGCGCGCCCGUUGCAGAGAAGGAGUUCGCGCAUGCCCAUUGUAGAGGGGCGCGCCCCUUGCGGAGGCGGUACGCGCUACGCUGUAGACACUACUGCUUGUACCUGGUUGGGUAGCUCCUUUGCACAUUGUUUGUUCAUGGAUGUAAAUACAAGUUACAUGACUGAUGA